AUGCGGUCGCCAUAUCAGCCUAGCAACCACCAGGCCAAGGUGCAGAGCCGCAACAGCGUUUAUAUAACCUCGACGCCAACCCACGCCCUACCCAAUUUUCACGACUUCUUCCCUAGACCAUUCUGGGUCAACCUGGUCCUAACCUGUCUUUAUUCACCGUUUAAUAUCAUGGUCCUGCCUGAAAAGCUUGUCGGCUUUGGCCUCGGCCUUGGCAAUUUAUUCUCGCCCACCGACGCUGGUGCGGUCUCGCCCAAGGUCCUGGGGCUGCGCGAUCUCCGAGAUCUCGCUGGCUCGUCCACCACCGACCUUGUCCGUUUCAGUGGUACACUCAAAGUGGCCCGAGGCAUCGUGGAGAACCAGAAGCGCUCCGAGAUGAUCGAAGUUCCCGUCGGCGGGCUGAUGUCUAUUCUCGACCGCAUCCAUGCCCUGGAGAACGAGGUCCAGGACAUACUUGAUGGCAAAUGGGUGAACAAGAACGGCAAGUCUAUCGAGCCUUCGGUGGCGGGAUCUGCCGCGGGUGGAUCGGCCCCUUCCUCGCCUUCUUCUUCCUCUACUGGUCCCUCGUCCGAUGACAGCUCGGGCAGUAGCUCCGGUACUGGCGGCUCCAGCGACAACAGCUCUAGCGGCCAAAGCUCUGGUAACAAUGGCUCUGGUAGCAACGGCUCUGGAAGCAAUGGCUCUGGCAGUGGUAGCUCUGGCAGCAGCAGCUCUGGUAGCAAUGGCUCUGGUAGCGAUGGCUCUGGAAGCAAUGGCUCUGGUAGCAACGGCUCUGGUAGCAAUGGCUCUGGUAGCGAUGGCUCUGGAAGCAAUGGCUCUGGAAGCAAUGGCUCUGGUAGCAACGGCUCUGGAAGCAAUAGCUCUGGCAGUGGUAGCUCCGGCAGCAGCAGCUCUGGUGGCAAUGGCUCUGGUAGCAAUGGCUCUGGUAGUGGUAGCUCUGGCAGUGGUAGCACCGGCAGCAGCAGCCCCAGCGGCAGCCCGGGUUCCCACUCCACAGACACCCCGGCUGGCUCAACCCUCCCCGGAAGCUCCCCUUCCUCUACCCCGUCUCCCGCCGGACCAUCGAGCGGAAGCAGCAGCGGCGGCCAAGACGACUGCGCCCCCGAGCACCUCCUCUACCGCCUGGGCGGCGGCUCUCUCCAGCGCCGCUCCGUCUCUGUAAGUGAGCACCCCCUCUUCCGCCGUACCACUGACUGCACCCUGGACUCGGUCUCUGGCAGCAGCGGCAGCAAGGCGCUACCCAGCGGCGUCGCCGUCUUCAAGGAGGUCACGUCCUCCGCCGCCACCUCGGCAGCGGGCAGCAGCGCUUCGUCUUCUCCCACCGGCGCCGACGGCGCGCAGAGCAGCGGCGGUCCCGCCGCGGACGAGUCGGCCGGCGCAGUAGCCGGCAAGUCCUCUGCUCCAGCGGCACAGUCGGGUAUGCCAAGCGCGGCGAGUGCCGGAAAUGGCGCUGGGAACUCGGACACGCUCCGUGUGACGUUGCCUCCGUUUGCCACCACUGCCGGUCUGGGAUCAAAGAGCCAGGGCUACUCGUCGGAGAGCGACGGCGAAUCGACGAUUACUACGACAAUGACUUCAACAAGCUACACGACCGUUACGGUUCGUUUCGGCCCGUCCCCCACAAAGGCGGGCUUCAAUGGCAAGUAUCUCAACAGCACUGCCUCGAUCAGCACCCCGGAUCUGACCACGACCACUACUUUCCCUGCUCAUGGUUCCACCACGAUUACUGCCGAAACCGCUUCGGCCUCAAGUCUCGAGUUCCUCAAGUCUCUGAGCAGUUUGCCUCUGUUUCAGAAGCACCCGGCUGCUUCGAUCUCGUCAAGUGACUCGUUCUCCACGGGAAUUUCUUCUACUGCGACCAGCUACUCCUUCGGCUCGUCCUUUAGUGGAAGCUCGUCUACUGCGACCAGCCACUUCAGCUCGUCUACCCCGACCAGCCAGCUCGACUUCAGCUCGUCCUUUAGCGGAAGCUCGUCUACCAGCCACUUCAGUUCCGGCUCGUUCUCAACUACAAGCUCGUCUACCCCGACUAGCCAGUUCAACUCCGGCUCGUUCUCAAAUACAAGCUCGUCUACCCCGACCAGCCACUUCAACCCCGGCUCAUUCUCCACUGGAAGCGCCUCUACUCCGACCAGCCUGGUCAACUCCGGCUCGUUCUUCACCGGAAGUUCUUCUGCGACCAGCCGGUUCAACAGCAGCUCGAGCAACCCGCCAAAGACAAUCACACCAAGCGCCAGCGGAAUCUCGACCGGCAACAUCGGUUCUAUUUCCGCGCUGCCUCUGAACCAGACAAACGCCACAUCUCCCUCUGCGGCCUCAGAGUCCACCACUACGACAAGCAUCAUCCUCAGCUCCCAGACCAGCAGCCAGUCUCUCCCGGGAAAGAACAGCACAUCGACCUCGUCCAUGUCCACGAUCCCACUCGUCACUGCUUCUCUCCAGCGUGUCUACAGUCUCGCUAGCGCCAACAGCAGCGCCAUCGCCGUGGAAAAGCCAGCCAUCCCCGGCUCGACCCUCACGACCACUUCGACCAUCACGUCCACCGUGUCCAUUACCCUCGGCGCCGGCACCGCCGCAGGACCAGCCAUUGGGACGAUCUCCGCUGGCGGCACGGGAACGGCGCCAGCGGCCACCAUUUCUGCGCUUGUCUCCAACGGCACGCUCAAGCGGCGCCAGAGCGGCUUCAAGACGGUUCGCGCCAUGGGACGCCGGACGGCGGCGGCGGACGACCAGUGA